AUGGCCAUGGACGCCGCGACAGCGGCUGCAGUUGCGGCUCUGAUUGUCUCCAUACUAGCUAUGACCGUGGCUUUUGCCCAAGUCGUUCAACAAUAUCUCCUCACCGGCCAGUUGAUCCGGAUUUGUGACAGCGUCGUUUAUGGCAAGAUGCCCGGGCGGGGCAGACGGGUAUGGGAAUUCUCCCAGUUUCGCUUUCGAGUCGUCUAUUCUAUGCCUCAGAUUAGUCUACGACCGAGUCUAUGGAUCGACAGCCUCCCCCAUUCUUCGUCAUUUUCAAAGGGCCACCUUCCCCUUCCUGACCUUCGUCACACGAGUCGCGGGACACAAGGUAAUUUCCGUCAGGCGCUGAGUCGGCAUUCGGGCCAACAUCAGCAAUCCGAGUACUCUGCAACUCCGGGAGAAGCUUCUUGGGUAUCUUUCUGCCGAGUGGCGCAAAACGCUAGCGGGAAUGAUCUCUUCUGUGAGCUGAUUGACUGUGAUGCAGAUCGAUGUCCAGCCGAUCUUCCAGUGGCACCCAUGCAAGUCUCACUACGAGAUAUUGUUGUUGUCGCUAUCAUGGCUGGAAUGAGGUGUACGGACGCGUCUUUUGAGAAGAAAUCGCUCGCAAUGGAAGGCGCAGCCGGGACGAUCACGACUUCCUGGCAUCCGCUAUUGGGAGCAAUCGUCCACUUUGCUCCACGGAAUUUCGGUCCCCCUCUGCGGCCGGAAUCGCGUAUAGAUGAGGUUUUGGGGCUGCGCAUAGGCGAUGGCAGCAUUAGCUCGAAAUGGAUGGCACGCAUGUGGGACGUUGCAGUGGUUGCUGGCCGCCAAUACGAUUUGCGCGACAGGAAAUUCUAUCAAGAUUACGAGGGCCAUAGCUGGAUCACCCUGUCACGAAGCCGCACCAUGGUCAAGGCAUCAGCGCCAAAGUCCUUCCGGUCACCCUCACCAGUAUUGAGCUUUCGAUUGCGAUCAGUUUCCCCUAACCAAAGAUUUCGACGUCGGAGAAGCAGCGAAGCGUCUGUCAGGUCAAGAUCACUCCAGGCCACUAGUUCUGGAUUCGAAGAUCCUGUCAACGCAAGGCCUAUAUUAACUCCUAAUCAGACUAAUGGUCGUCUAGAUACAGAUAUACCUGUCCUUCGGAAUGAUGGAGACUGGUCAUUUAUAUCUGAUGCGGAGCCGUCUAAGUCAAAGUCGGAUGUCCAUCCCAUCCAACCCCCUGCUGAGACUCUGACCGCAAAGCGAAGACCGCCUCUUCCACCAGGAAAGGCAUGGUACAAGUAUUUAGCCGCGUUCUUUAGCACCGUCUUCGAUGCCUCUCCUGCAAAAAGCCAUAGCAAGCCGUCUGUGGCUGACUUGGAAAGCAACAGCAUGAUGACCGCGUCAGGACCACCGGUCCCGCAGAUACCAAGGGGGCCUGCACAGCGAACAGACGAAGAUCGGGAACGAACAAUAAAAAGCUCCUCAAUGCUGCCAUUACCACAACAGUUUAGGUCGCGGCCUCCGAGAAGUAAUGAUAUGCCGAAAUACUUCCGGAAAAAGCUAGAUGGCAGGGCGUUGCAAGAGUACAUUGAGGAGAAAAGGAAGCACGAGGAAACCUUUUCUUCUCUGCAUGGAAGACUUCUGCUGACCUGGCCAGAGCAAGCAGAGGACGAAUUUGAGAUGAAUGUUGACGCUCACGGGCUAGACGGCUGGCGCAAGUCUGUGCUACACUCGAAACGAGAACGGGUCAUCUCAUAUGUCGAAAGGUGGCGGACAAUUGUAAAUAAUAGACGGCAGGAGCGAGAAGAAAGAGAUAUGCAAGACGAAUGGGAAAUCGAGACAUACUAUUCGGCAUCGCGGCCGUCAAGUGUUGCACCGAGUGAGAGUACAAGGAGAUCUUCACCGGCCGCAGGUCGUUCUGUGUCUAGAGAAAGCCGGAACUUGGGUCGAAGGGGAUUCGGCUUGCACGAGCACCAAGACCUACAAUUAAGGGGUCGAGCGAGAACCCCAAGAGGUUUCGAGGGCUCACAACAUCGAUCACCAGUUUCAAGUGUUCGCAAAACUUCUGAAAAGGAUAGCAGCCACAACAAGUCUGGUCCUGGCAACGCAGGUCGUGCCAUAGCUUACGGUGAUGGCGCCAUCACCACACCGAGGUAUCCGCACACGCCAGAGAAGGCCGAUGAAUCGUAUGGGAACGAUAAAAUGUCGCCCGAUCGACGGAAAGGAAAGCUUUUUGUUGAAUCUAUAUUUGAAGACAGCAAAAAUGAGACUCCGCCAACUCUACAAGCGGACACAAAAGACCGACAGCAGCCAAGGAGGGUCCGCAUGUUUAUUCCCGAACAUCAGAUUACCGAUGCGACUGAUUAUGGCAGCGACAAGAGUUGGAGUAGUCGAGAAAGCUCCGUUGAAAGAGCAAGACCAGAUGUUGAAUCAAUGACUCGAGGGGGGAUGCGCGGACCUCAAUUCAAGAAAGAUGCUGAUGAAAUUAUUUCGAAUGAGCACGGGAACGCAGAGGGGGCGGUCCGUGAAAAAAGACCGCCAAGAUCGGAACCGCCUAAAAGCAUACUCAAACCACCUCGAGAGCGGUUUCCAGAAGACGAGAACCCAAUAAGGGAAGGCGUGGCACCUCUGAGAGACAGGAACACGACCAAGGAAGGAAUCCCACCUGAGGCACGAUGGACCAAAAUCAGCCGUGCGCUGGUUAACCCUGAGGCAUUGGAAAGGGCGCACGAGAGAUUUGAGGCACGUAGUGACUACGUGAUAGUUUUGCGUGUCUUGACUAGAGACGAGAUCGUAAGGCUCGCGGAAAUCACCAAACUUAUUAGAGAUGCACGCCCGAACGACUCCGAGGAGGAUGAGGAUGAGGAUGAAGAAGAAGAUGACCAAAGCGUCUACGAGGCUGAGACUAGAAAUGAAAGUGAGGCUUCGAGUGCGGACUGGUCUAACCGAUCAAUACUUGGUUCGGUGGAAAGCUCAAGAAUGUCGGAUUCUCCCGUUCGCAUAUCUGAAAGCGAGGACGGUCAAACCGAACCUUCUGUUAAAUCUAGCCACAAGUCCCGGCAAGAGCAAAAUGCUCAUAUGCUCUCGCAGGACUUAGGAGAGACGGCUCUGCCGUCAAAUCCGUCCCUUUCGUUGGAUGCUAAUGGGCGAGUCUUUCCACCGCUACAGCCACUCCCGCGUCGGGCCUCGACCCGCUCCGACCUCUCAGCAGCAGAGAGUUCAGAAAGUGAUGAAGACGAUUGGAGAACCAUUGGAUCCCAAGGGACAGGCCGACGCUCCGGCGACCCACUGGCUGUGGUGGGUGUUACCGACUCAGUACCUGCCGCGGCGAAUAAAACCCAGGAUAGCUUGAAAAACGGCCACAUGAAUUGGUUCUGGAUAUGCCAGGCAGAUGUUCUUCCCGGCUACUUUGCAACCCCGUGGCAUAGUCAUUUCUCGGAAUCCGUGUGCUUUGGGGCGGUUGUCACUAUGCUUGAGGCAUUGGAGUACUUGACCGACGAUUCGACACUGCGAUAUGUGGAGAAGCAGCCUUACUGCGAGGACUGGGUGUACCAAGGAAAGAGCAGCUACCCUAGCUACGCAAUCAAUGCUAUGGGGGGUGUCAUCGUUUCUGCAAAGUACAGUCGGGUGAAAUUUGAGGUGUUUAAGACGAAGAUUCCUCCAAUCGAGCUGCUGCGCUCGUACGAAUACCAAGUGAACCGAUCCAGCUUGGGUGGCAACACACGAGCGGUUGUUGAACGACUGGGCGAACUGAUGGGACUGGAUUCGUGGCUGUCGUUUUGCGGACGACUGCCAGAGAUUUACGACGGGAGAAAUAACUUACUUCGAAGCAUGCCGGCGCUGGUACAGAAAAUCAUGAUUGAUUUUGAAUACGAAUUCAGCCACUUGGAACGGACACGUACAGAAGGAGGGCUGCAGAUCAUCAAAGAAAUGGCCGAGCUGAUUUUGCGGAUGUUAGAAAAGGAAAUGAUGUCGGAAGAGGAGCAGCUUUUCGCCAUUGUGGCGGUGCUGAGGGCGGCGAAGAUGGCGCUGUGCGUGGUGUAUGGGCCAGACACAGUCAAAUUGCGGGAGAUACUUGUGAAUGAUGUACAGGUGCAUCUUGUAUAG